GCAAAAGCAGGCAUCCCACUGUGUAUGGAAAGGAAAAUCACUCUUGAUUAGUGGAAUUCUGAACUCCAGGAGAUCAUCAUAGAUAGCUGCCAUGAAGCUGGUAACCAUCUUUCUGCUGGUGACCAUCAGCCUUUGUAGUUACCCUGCUGCUGCCUUUCUCAUCAACAAUGUGCCCCUUCCUGUUGACAAAGUGUUACCUUUGCCUCUGGACAAUGUUCUUUCCUUCAUGGAUCCAUUAAAGAUGCUUCUGAAAACUCUGGGCAUUUCUGUGGAGCACCUUGUAGAAGGGCUGAGGAAGUGUGUGAAUGAACUGGGACCGGAAGCUUCUGAAGCUGUGAAGAAACUGCUGGAGGCCCUAUCUCACUUGGUGUGAUAUCAGGAUAAAGAGAGAGAAGAUAGAAGUGGAAGGAGUUUGGCGUGCCCAUCCUCCCUAGAUGAAACACAUUCUACCCUGUUAAAAGCUAAAUGUCCUAAUGUGUAGUGACUGUUGAAAAGAAUGAAUAAAGCAAUGAAUAGAUUUUCA